AUGGGAAAACCCAGACCGCAGAAAAAGAAGUCGUCCAAGUCCAGCAAAAAAUCCGUCCUCGGCCCUGGUGGCUCGAUCUCGAAAGCCAAAAUGUCUCAAGACCCCUCCGCAUUGCUCGAACAAGCUACUAUCCUACUAGAAACACUCCGUGUUGAUGAUGCUCUGGCAACUGCACAGGCGGCGCUGGACCUCGCAGCUGGAAACGCGUCUGUGCAGCUUCAAGCGGUGAACCUUCUUGGAGAGAUCAACGUCGAGCUGGGCGAGAUUGAUACUGCGCGUGGAUACUUCCUCACUGCGGUUCAGCAAGAUCCCAAUGGCUCAAUACCGGAGGCUGAGGGCGGUGGUGCGGAAAAGUUCCUAUGGCUUGCUCAAUUGAGUGAGCAAGGUGGUGCGGACAGUGUGCAGUGGUUUGAGAAGGGCGUGUCGUCCCUGAGACAAACUUUGCAGCAGUUGGAAGGCAAAACGAGCGCCGAGGAUGUUGCGAAUGCUGAAAUGAAGAAGGCCAAGAUGGCAAAUGCGCUCUGCGCUGUUGCUGAAAUCUACAUGACCGAUCUUUCCUGGGAAGAAGAUGCUGAGGCCCGUUGCGAAGCACUUAUCUCAGAGGCCCUGGUUGUUACACCUAAUGCGCCCGAGGUCUUGCAGACUCUUGCGUCCAUUCGGAUAUCACAGCUGAAGACCGAGGAAGCUCAGGAGGCAUUGAAGAAAAGCAUGGCCCAGUGGAAGGAGAAGGCCCCCGAAGACCCCACUAUUCCUGAUUUCCCUGUGCGCAUCAGUCUUGCGCGACUCUUGAUGGAAGUGAACUUGGAGCUUGAAGCCCUAGAGGUCCUCGAGCGAUUGAUCUUGGAGGAUGACCAGAGUGUGGAGGCCUGGUACCUCGGUGGCUGGUGUCUCUAUCUGCUGGCAGAGAAGCAGGAAGCCCCCAAGGAUAUAAAAGACGACGAAGAAUCUCCUAGACACGCCUCGCUGAUUGCCAGUCGGGAGUGGCUCAAGCAGAGCUUGAAGCUUUACGAUGUUCUCCAAUAUGAAGAUGACCGUCUCCGUGAUCAUGCUACAGAGCUGUUGCAAGGAAUGAACCAGGAACUCGGCGAAGACAUGGACGAUAGUGAAGCCGAGGGAGAUGGGGAAGGUGAAGACUGGGAUGAGGAGAUUGAAGUUGUUUCUGAUGAUGAUCACGAGAUGGCCGAUUCAUAG